AUGAAAACUUUCCCAGUGAAAUAUACUAUAUUGUCAAGAAAUAUCUUUGAAAACAAGAUUAUUCUUGUGAGAAAACCUGAAUUAAGGAGGCUAAAAAGGUACCUAUUAACGUCGUUUAUAUUUUUUUGUUCCCCAUCCAUGGAGAAAGUAAUAGGUACGCAUUCGGGACGCUUUCACACGGAUGAAAUACUAGCAUCUGUGAUGCUAAAAUUUUUACCAGAAUAUAAAGAUGCUAAAAUUAUUAGAACUCGAGAUCAGGAGAAAUUAGAUAAAUGUGACAUCGUGAUAGAUGUAGGAGGAGUAUAUGAUCAUGAAAAGAAAAGAUAUGAUCACCAUCAGAAAGAAUUUAAUGGAACACUAGAUGAUAGUCAUGACAUAAGACUAAGUAGUGCAGGUUUAAUUUACAAACAUUAUGGAAAAGAUGUUUUUAGAGAAGGAUUUAAUAUCACAGAUGAAAAUAAAGUGAACACGUUGUAUGAUAAGAUAUAUACAGCUUUCAUAGAAUCUGUAGAUGCAUUAGAUAAUGGAAUUAAUCAAUAUGAAGGUAUAGCAAAAUAUCAAAUAAAUACUACCUUACAAAAUCGUGUAAAUAGAUUUAAUCCAAAUUUUUUAGAUGAAGAAGCUAAUGAAGAUGAACGUUUUAUGUUGGCAUCACAAAUAGUUAAAGAAGAAUUUAUUAACUUUGUACAUUAUUAUUCAAAUGUUUGGUAUCAUGCUAAAAGCAUAACACUCGAAGCAGUAAAAAAUAGGUUUAAUUUUCACAAAUCAGGAAAAGUUAUAUUUCUGCAAAAACAUUGUCCAUACUAUGAUCACGUGUAUGACAUAGAAGAAGAAUUAAAUAUAAAGGAUGAAAUUCUAUUUUGCAUUUACCAAGACAGAUACCAAAAUUAUAGAUGUGGAACUAUUUCAAAAAAAAAUGAAGCCUUCACAAUUAGACUUCCAUUUCCAAAAAGUUUUAGGGGUCUCAAGGAUGAGGAACUUGAAAAAGUUUCAAAUAUAAAGGGACUAACCUUCGUUCAUUAUUCUGGGUUUACUAGUGGUGGAAAAAAUGUUGACUGUUUGGUUAAGUUGGUCGAGGAAACUUUGAAGGAAAACAACAUAUCCUAUUAG